CGGGCAGUCUGAGGCCAAAGUACUUUCUAUUUUUCUCUCGACUAUUUAUUGAAAAGCAGCUGUCAAACAACUGAAGUAACCAGUUGACUGUCUUCUCUGAAAUAAAAUAGUUCUCGACUUGUUCUUUCCCAUCAAAAUUCACUGUUUUAACGCUUUCUGUUGGCUUCGUUCUACAUGAAAAAACUUCGUUGCUUCAUUUGCAUUUGAUAAGCAAACGUUUAGAAAAUGUCAGUGAACUAAACUUCUAGUAGACAUCUUUUCGUUAAAAAGCAAAAACAACGACAAACACCGUAUGGUGCAAAGUUUUCUUUCAAUCUUGUUGCAAAACAGCAAGUGUCAUCUUGCAGAAUGAGAAAGAUGAAUCUGUCGUUCGCCGGCUGUGGUUUCAUGGGUAUAUAUCAUGUUGGUGUUGCAGCCUGCUUGAGAAAAUAUGCUCCAGAUUUGUAUCUAAAAAAAGUAUCUGGGGCGUCUGCGGGUGCCAUAGCUGCCGCCUGUCUUUUGUGCGAUGCACCGUUAGGAGAAAUAACGAGUCAUGUACUCCAAGUCGCGAUGCAAGCCCGUAGUCGAAUGUUAGGACCUUUCAGCCCCUCGUUUAACAUUCAUAACCUAUUGAGACACGGACUUGAAAAGAACCUUCCUGACGACGCCCAUUUACGGGUCAACGGAAAGAUUCACAUUUCUGUAACUCGAGUGUACGAUGGUAAAAAUAUCAUCCUUAAACACUUCGACACCAAAGACGAAUUAAUUCAGGCCAUAACGUGCAGUUGCUUCAUCCCUUUCUUUUCUGGUAUGAUUCCACCUAAAUUCCGCGGCGUUCGUUACAUGGACGGCGGCCUAAGCGACAAUCUUCUUGUUCUCGACGAGCAUACGAUAACCGUGUCUCCGUUUUGCGGAGAAUCAGACAUCUGCCCACGAGAUAAAGAUACAUCAAGACUGAUCCACGUGGUAUUUGCCAAUACGAGUAUUGAGCUGUCCAGGACAAAUUUGUAUCGAUUGGCACACAUCAUGUUUCCUCCGAAACCAGAGACUUUAUCGAAGAUUUGCCAACAAGGCUUCGAUGAUGCUCGUCUGUUUAUUCAGCAAAAUAACCUAGUCGCAUGCGACCAAUGCGUUUCGACGGUCAAUCCUGUCACCAGCACUGCAGCGACCGAUAUCGAUUGUCUUGAGUGUGAGACACAAAAGCAAAUGGUUAUUAUCGAUCGUUUACCGGAAACUGUCAGUCUAACGCUGCAGAACGCUAUCGCGCAAGCCAACGAAGGCCUGAUGAAUUGGAUUUUCCGACACCGAGGAAUGAGACUACUCUCUAUUUUAAGCCUGCCCUACGUCAUACCAGUUGAUGUUGUUUACGCCACGUUUCUCAAGUUCGCUGAUAGUGCUCCAACCAUGUCAACAGUAGGAACAAAUUUAAAAGGAGCUGCCGACUCCUUCAUGACGUUUAUAUUGAGCUUGAUCAUGGAAAUCAUUAAAAAGCGAACGCCUUGCAGUACACGACUUUCCUGCCAGCUGGCUGUCACCGAAUUUGGUCAUGAUGCAAAUCCAUCUUCGGUCGACAACAAGGAAGCAAAUGUAAGAAACCAUGUCAACUUCGGAUUUACUUUUAAUCUCGGGUCGAGCCAUGAGGGUCAAUACUCGUCGACCCCGUUCUUUAGUGACGAUUCAUUCGAUGAAAUUUUAGCCCUAACAGCCAGACACGAUGCCUUAAUGGCACACUACUUUCUUGACGAAAAAAAUCAUGUAGAAUCUUCCAUCUAUCCCAAUGAGUACGCAUCGUUGUUACAUUUCCUGCCUUCAGGCCCAUGCCCGUAGUAUUCCGGAAAACAGCAAUAAUUUAUCGUAUGAAGAAGGGAAUGUAUUUAAGUCAGGAUAAAGAUUGGUAUGUUAAGCUUUAACGUGGGAUUGCUGGACAUGGAAAGCUCACCUUGUUAUAUAUAUCCGACGCAGUGAAAUCGCCUCUUUGUGGGAAUUGAUCGUCCGUUGUUUAUUUGCAUGACCUAGAUUCUCUUAUAUUUAUGAAUAAAACAGAUUGUACAUUGACAACGAAA